AUGUUGGGGAAAUGCCUUGUGAGUAGCAACGCAUCUGUUCGGAUAAAAUUGAAUGACGAGGGUCCUCCGGUCGUGGGCAUCCUGGCUGUGCAGCGAACGACCGAGCAGCGAACGACCGAGCAGCGGGCGAGUGUGCCAAGAUCCACACAGUCGACGGUUGCACAGGUGUCCUUAUGGCGUGUCGUUUGCGGAGCCAAGGAGCUGUGGUCGCUACGAGACGUGCGGAUGCCUCGACUAAGUGGCGCCGUCGUAGAAGUCAGCAUCGGCGACCGUGAGGCUUCGUGCCAGUUCGACGACCCGGAGGACGCGAGCAUCUUUUACGACUUCCUGCGAGGACAUUCCGUGGACGCUCCGCAAUCCGUAACGCUUCUUUCAGCCGGUCGCCAGGCGGCUCCUGAUGCAGCUUCUCCCUUGGCAGUUCAUCCCGUCACAUCCGAGGAAGAUAGUGGACUUGGUCCAGUGUGCCAACUGGCUGGAACUGGCCAACUGGUUAGUCCAUCGGCUUUCAAUAGUCCUUCCGAGGAAGUUGCUACUGAGAACUCGUUAGCUGCGGCUGACAUAGCUGUAAGUCCUGCAGGGAUGAACCUUGCAGACAUGAACCCCGCAGGGAUGAACCUUGCAGACAUGAACCCCGCAGAGAUGAACCCUGCAGAGACGACCCCGGUCAGCGGAGAGAGCCUGACAUUGUCUCCCGUGAGCAUGAACAAUGUGGCUGACUUCAUUGCCCUGUUGAGGGACGCUUCUGCCACAAUAUAUAACACGACCCCGAUCCGAGAAGAGUUGACUCCUCUGAUGGCUGCCUUCCUGAAACAAGAAUGGUUGGGCCACUUGUGGAAGGAGGAGCGGCGGAUUCGCCUAGGUCUGCUGGACUUGACCGAUGACCCGGAGUACCCGAACCGGCUCAGUGAGCUUCUAGUACGGAUCAUUAACGUAGGCUGUAGAACGUCCGCUGUCUCCCUCAUGAGCCAUGACCCGGACUGUGUGGAGGCUUACCUCUCCUACUACUACCGCGGCCUUGACUACCAGGGACUAGACUACUGGGGUUUAGAUCAAAGCGUGCUCGCUACUCAGCGUAACAACAGUCCUCAAACAGCUGCCUGUGCAGAAGGUAUCAGCCAAGUCGGAAUGAACAUGACGACGAUGCUGGUCGCAGGGCCCGCUGCCGACUCCUCGUUGGUGGUAAACGACUUCUCGAGCCAGUUCGCCAGGGACUAUGCUGGCGCCUCCGACGACGAUAACUCUGGCGGUGAAGACUCUGACACGGGUAAAGACCCUGGCACUGGUGAAGGCUCUGGUUCUGACAGGGGUGGGGAGCGCACUGGGAAGACGGGCACGUCGUGCAGCAGGGUCGCAGGUUUCCGAUCUGUUGCGCAGUUGUGCUUGAAGCCAAAUGCGUGUUUCCGGACGGAGCUAGGAUUAGAUCCGUUCGCGGUGUUGUUGUCUGAUGAGAAUAUGGAGGGUUGUCUGCGCACCUUGGAGUCGUCACCUCAGGGUUUACCUCGUGCUGAUUUCUUGGGUUACUGGAGGGACACGGUGUCUUUCGAAGGCGAGGCCCUUUUGAACGAGUGUGUGCAAAGCGGGCGCACACGAAAAAUGAUCAAGAUGAGCGCAGUUCUGUCCGCACGAAUUAUGUACCUACGCGACGUCGUAUUACCCCGCUUCCUCGAGGACCAGGUCAUCCAGAAGGCCACGCUAACAUCGGCCGCGUUACAGGCCUUAAUUUGGUGGAGCCUAAUCAACGACG